CCGUUAAGCGGACCGGGCUGGCUGUAGCCCUGCCCCAAAGGCGGGGCAACCGAGCUGGGUGGGGCCGGCUGUGCCUCUCUCGCCCGGCGGUUGGGGGCGCAGAAACCACUAGGCGCUGCUGCUGACGGCUGGGGUGGCAGGCGAGCAGCGCGGGGCGACGCCGGACGGAGCCCGGACGGUCCAGCAUGGAGUGGCAGGCAGAACCUGGGCGACACCGCCGCCCUCGCGGGUGGACGCGCUCCUGGCGGGCGGCUCUCCUGGCAGCUUCCAUCUUCAGUUCUUCCUUCCUGUUGGCUCAAGGCCAACUAGCUUCAACAACCGAUUACAACAUCUCCAUCUCCAAGAACCCACAAGAGACAUUAGAAGGGCAGAAUGUCAAUCUGACACUCCAACACGAGGCGGCCAACUUCAUUGUAUGCAACUGGUACCGAGGGAUCGAAAUGAAAGAAAACCUGAUUGUCACUUACUACCUACCGCCAAUAACUGGAACCACAAAUGGAAAUUCCUACACCGGACGUGAAGUCGUAGGCUUUGGGUGCUCCCUGCUCAUUAAAAAUUUAAAUUUGAACGACACUGGAACCUACAUGGUGAUCAUGAACGGACCUUCAGUGCACGGCAAAGGCCUUGUAAACAUACAGGUCUUAGGUGCUGUCCUUAAAGUCACCAUCACCGGGCCUUCUCAUGUGGUAGAAAACCAUCCUGUCACUUUUCGGUGUUCCUCUUUGGGUUUCAAUGUUUCCUACUCCUGGUUGAAGGCAGGCCAACCGAUUGAAGGAGGAGAGAAGGUCCUUUUGGAGAACCACGGCCAGACCCUCACACUCCUUUCAACUGCUCGGAGUGACGCAGCUAGCUAUACCUGUUCUGGGCAAAAUAGCUUCUCUGCCAACAGCAGCGAGCCUCACCGGCUUGAAAUCUUCUACGGGCCUGAGUGCCCCGUAAUCAGCCCCCUACAACAGGUUUACCAUGAGCAUUCCACUCUCAAUCUCUCCUGCUCUGCCAUCUCUAAUCCACCUGCAAAAUUUUAUUGGUAUCUUAACGGGCAGCUUCUGGAACAUCAGAGCAAUUCUCACCUGGUCCAGCGUCUUACUCUGAAGAGCGCUGGAAACUAUACCUGUAAAGUUACCAAUGUUGAAAGUGGACUUUCGAACGACACCAUGCUGGAGAUCAGCGUCCGGGAGGCCAUCAAUCAUAUCUCCAUCAGUGACCCUGGCAAGAUUGUCGAGAAUAGCACAACCUAUCUCAACUGUACAGCCUCUGGCUUUAAUGUUUCCUAUGUUUGGCUUAAGGGGAACCAGAAGCUGGAGGCUGGAGGCCACAUUACUUUAAGCAGCAAUGGUCAAAAUCUUAGCUUGAGUCGGACAAGUCGCCAGGACUCAGGCCUCUACACUUGCCGUGGGAUUAACAGUUUUUCUAACGACUCCACCAACUACACUCUGAAUGUCUUCUAUGGGCCUGAUGCCCCAGUCAUCAGCCCCAGUGGGCAGUUUUAUGCAGAAAGCUCCAAUCUCACCCUCUCCUGUCAAGCUGACUCCAACCCACCCGCCAACUAUACAUGGUCCUUCAAGAACGCUACACAUUCAGGGGGGAUCUAUCGACUCUUUCGUUUGUCUUCUGCCAACAAUGGGACCUAUACAUGUGAGGCCUCCAACAACGAAACCAAACUCUCCCAGUCUAAAGCCCAGCCUGUCUGUGUCCUGGAAAACCUCUCAGAGCCAAUCCUGUGGCCUUCGCAAUCUUUUGUGGCCGAGAAUGAACCUAUCGUGCUGAACUGUAACACCUCCAGGAGCCCCACAGUCAACGUCACCUGGUCCAAGGACAAUAAACCUUUCCCGAGAAAUGCAGAAUUUGACCAUGACAACCGAACCCUCACACUGCGCAAAUUCCAACAAGAAGAUGCAGGGAGCUAUACCUGUACGGCCCGGAAUCUGUUCAGCACUGUCCAAAGCAACCCCAGUAUACUUACACUGGCAUACGGGCCCACAUCUGCUCAGCUGAACCAGUCAGGAACCAUAGAGCAGCUACUGGGUUCCAAAUUGGUUCUCCUCUGUUCUGUGGAAUCUGUGCCUCCGGCGAAGUUUGAGUGGUUCUUCAAUAACACGGUCAAGAAUGGGUCAGAGAAAACUCUCAAUGUCCACUUGAAGGACUGGGAAGAUGAAGGCAAUUACACCUGCCAGGCUAGGAACUCCGUCACCAAGCAUACCACUUCAGCCUCUGUCUAUGUGAAAUUGACAGGAGAGAGUUUGAUACAGUCCCGUAUGUCUCCUGGAGCCAUUGCUGGGACGACGAUUGGUUCUGUGGCCGGAGUGUUGCUUUGUGUGGUCGUUGUGUACUUCCUGUGUACCAAGGUUUCCUGUUGGAAAACGGAACAGCACACGUCCAAUGGAAACAUACCCUCAGCAUCCGGCCACAACCAGGCCACUGAAAUCAAGUCCAAACCGGGUGAAGAAGACGUACAAUAUUCAACACUAGCUUUCAACCCCAAAAACGCUUCUCAACCACUCUCAAAAUCCCCCCAGCCUUUGGACAGCAGUAUCAUUUAUUCUGAAAUCAAGAAAAAAUGAUUGUGGAUUGAUCCUUGUUUGUUGGGGGGGGUGUUAUUUUAACCCAGGAGCCCCCCCUCUUCUGCUUCCUUCCUCUCUCAGCUAGAUUUUGAUGGCAGAGCUUUUCUGGGGGAAGAAGGAAGAUAAAUUGAUUUUCUCCCAAAAGGAGGGGCAAGAAAUCCCUUCCAACGUGAUCAAUUACUGUCCAGAUGCCGCCGGGCCUCUCAAGUUGGAUGCAAAACCGCAGCGACAGUGGAGUUUCUCUCCAGGAUGUAAUAACAAGGUUGGCAGCCUCGUGCAUUACCCAGCGUAUGUUUUAUCAUGUUGAGACUUCUGCGCGUGCAAAGCGGGUGGCUGCUCCAUCCACCAAACGGGGCAGGAAGCAAAAACAAGAGCUUGUAUUUUCGUUCUCUGCCUUCCCUCCCAUUCUCGUCCUCGCUGUGAUUCCGGAGUGUGCCAAACGGUUCUUCUUUUGUUUUUGCAAUUUGAGAUUGGUGUUGCCAGCCAGCUGUGGCUCCUUACCCUCCUGGGGCUUUUCGUGCCAAGUGAAAAAUAAUAAUAAUAACAAUAAUAAAAAGAAGGUCUCGUUUCUCAGAAAAGCAUGUGACGUGCUGUUGGUCCACGCUGUUUUUCAGAAGCCAGAGGAGUUGAUUUUCCCCAGCCAGAUUCCGGCACUUUCUAGAUCCUCAAAUAUCCCUUUGCAUUUUUACCGUAAUCAGUAGGUAGACUUGGGAUGCUGUUCCUCAAGGUUGUAGCGGGAAGUGGUGGCCACAAAGGGCAUUGUAAUUUGCCUUCUGGAGCCUGUUCUUGUUUUCUCCAGGUCAGCCACACUAACUAGAAGACAGAAACAAAGGAGGAACGAUCAGGAGCCAGAUAGUGACACCAGCGAGGCUAAACAGUGACGUUCGUGUUUGAAAAAUAACUUUCCCCGGUUGUUGUUUUUUUGACCAGCAAAUUGGCAUUUCCUGGGCAGGAGGGAAGGAAAAGAAACAGAGAUUUAGCCAUCCCAGCGAGGUUUUCCAUAAUUCUUGAGCACCGGGUGAAAAUGUCUUUGGGCUGAUUGACAGUUCCAGAGCUUUGGAUGUACUUUCUGGAAAAAGCUUUGAGGAUCAUCUCUUUGGGCCGGUCCCAACUCUUUAGAUGGACCGGCUACCAGGAAAAGAAGCUUUUAAAUGAACUGCCAGUGUACAAGAAUUGUAAAUACAGGGCCCAAAUGCUAGAUUAGCUCCAGAAAAAUGCUUGAGCUGGGCAGAAAGGAAGGCUGCCUCAUUGAAAGCAUCCAAGCAUGGAGUGUGUGUUUGUGUGUGUGUGUGUGUGUGUGUGUGUGUGUGUUUGGCCAAGGGUGUCUCCUCACUUUGCAAAAAGAAAAAAAAAACCCAACUGUCUUAAUAAUUACCCAGCUUGCAGGCUUCAACUUAACAGAAUUAGCCAGUCUGUUUUGUCUCCAUUUAAGUCUGCAGCAAAAAAGGAGAAAAUUUUUAUUUUUAAUAUCCACUGCUUGGGGUUAGGAUAGCCAGUUCAGGGCCUCCAUUCCCCCCUCCCCCUUCCCUGUUCCUUUCCUUUGGCCAAAAAAUGCCAAUUUAUCCCUACAUGGUGCGAUAGCAUCUCUACAACCUGAGCCUCACAACUAAUUGCUGGGUGUGGCUUCACAGCCUGUGAUCACACUAAGCUUUGGGGCGAGAGGACAAUGGCGUAGUGUUUUGGAAUAAGGACGUUGCAUUUACAUGCCCGUUCUCCAAAUUAAACCGUCUGUCAUCCUGUUUUUUUCUUUCUUUCUGGAAACAGCAGAAUCGACGAAGGAACUCCAUCCAGAGACCUCGUGUUAAUUGUUGUAUUUGGCUUGGCGGGUUGUUUCGGAGUGGUUUUAAGCCGAUUUUCAAUGGAUAUGUCUGGAUAUUGUUUUUAAUUUAAAUAAAAAAAUAAAACAGGAGAAAA